UGGGCGCUGGGGCGGCGGCGGCGACAGCGGGCAGCACGGGGCCUCCCGGUCAUCGCUGGCGCCGCCGCCGCGGCCUUCAAGCUGGCUGGCCGCGGGCAAACGCGCCGUCGGCUGGUCCCGGGCGUCGCGGACCAAGUGGACCCGGGGGCAGGCCGCCGCGGGAGACGGCGGCGGCGGCGGAGGCGGCGACGACGGUGGACGGAAGCGCAAGGGGAUCGCGCUGUUCCGGAGGCUCUUCUACCGGAAGCCGCCGGAUCGUCUCCUCGAGAUCGCCGACCGCGUCUACGUAUUUGAUUGUUGCUUCUCGACAGAAACCAUGGACCAAUACAGAUACAAGAAUUACCUGGACAGCAUUAUUUUGCAGCUCCGUGAACAGUUUGCAGAUUCUUCAUUGAUGGUACUCAACUUCAGAGAUGAAGGAAGAAGUCUUAUUUCAGGCAUUUUCUCCAAGUACAACAUUACAACCAAAGACUACCCUUGCAAGUAUCUAGGAUGCCCGUUACUUCCUUUGGAUAUCAUUCUCCACUUCCUCAGGCUGAGUGAAAGGUGGCUUAUGCUUGAAGGGCAGCAAAAUAUUCUGCUAAUGCACUGUGAGAAAGAUGGAUGGCCAGUGUUGGCAUUUAUGCUUGCAGGUCUUCUUCUGUACAGGAAACAAUAUAAUGGGGAGCAAAGAACUCUAGAUAUGGUGUACAAGCAAGCCCCUAAGGAGCUUCUUCAGAUGCUAACCACAUUGAAUCCACAACCGUCUCAUCUUCGAUAUCUUGGGUACAUAUGCAGAAUGGAUGAUGACAUAGGGUGGCCUACACAACCUAUUCCUUUCACCUUGGAUUGUAUAAUUCUUAGAGAAAUUCCAAAUUUUGAUGGAGUCGGUGGUUGUCGGCCAAUUGUUCGAGUAUAUGGGCAGGAUAUUCCAACAACUGACAAAAGGCAUGGUGUCGUUUCACCACCAUCAAAGGCCAAGAAACAUAUUAGGCGUUACAGACAGGCAGAUAAUGCGCCAGCGAAGUUAAAUGUCGGAUCCUGCGUCCAAGGUGAUGUUGUCCUUGAAUGUCUGCAUGUAGAUGAUGGCCAAGGAAAUGAAAGGUUAAUGUUUAGGGUGAUGUUCAAUACCUUUUUCAUCCAGUCUCACAUUUUACCAUUAAACUUUGAGGACAUCGAUGUCCCUUGGGAUGCCGAUUACCAGUUCACAAAGAACUUCAAAGCAGAGGUACUCUUUUCAGAGUUUGAUGCUGAGUCUGAUGCGUCCACUGAAGUAGCACCUGAUUAUGAUUAUGGCUAUGAUGAUGAUGAUUAUGAUAUGGAUGUUGCCUCUACUGACGAGUUCUUUGAAGCAGAAGAACUCUUCAGUAAUACUGAUUCGCAAGAAGGAAAUAAGGAUGCUGAUACUCUUUCUAUAGCCUCUACAGAUUAUACCUCAACUCCAAGUGCCGAACGUUGGAAAAACUCACCGUUUUCCAACUUUGAGCUGAAUAUUGGCAUUGAUGGAUCACGAGACAAUAAAGCAGAUAACUUGGGCUUGUCGUUAGAAACAGUAAAUGACGGAAAGACAUGCACAUCCACUGAAGCCAAUACUAUGCUCAACAAUGAGACUGCAGUUGUGAAGUCAACUUUGUCAGCUACAACAGAUGGAGACGCAGAUAGCGACAUCUCAAGUUCUACCUAUAAAGAGGAUGGGUGCAUGUUUGAAAAAGGUAGUUCCAAGCAGGAUAUAAGGAUGGGCUCCAAUCAAGACUUGAGUCAAAUUGAUAAUGUGUUGGUUAAGGAGGUGAUUAUACUAGAAACUAAUAGUCCUCAGGACAUACAGAUGAUCAAAGAGGUCAUCAUAUCUGAAGUUACAACUCCCAAACAGUUGGUAGAGGGGAAUAUGAUGGAAACUGAAUUAGAUGAGGCAGUCCACGAUUCAGAAAGCACUGCAUUGGGAGAAGCUGAGGGUACAAGACGGCUUAAUAUGUUUUGCAAACAGGAUGAGGGACACAGUGUGCAAGAUGAAUAUGCUGCUUAUGAAAAUGGCAUAGUGAUUGAACAAGAAGAAAGCAGCAACAAAGAAAAACUUACCAUGACAGACACAAAUUCACAAGUGAGUGAGCCCAAAGAUGAGAAUAAUGGGUUGGAGCUUCCAUUAUCAGGGAUACCGCAUCUUCACAGCUCAAGCACUUCUUCAGAUCUAAGUUCUGCCAUGGAAAAUAUUGAUCAGCUUCAUGGUUGCAGUAGUAAUGGCACUGUAGAACAAAGGGCGGGAAUUGACGCAUCAUUUUCCAGCUCCAGGAGCCAGUCUUCUAAUAUCUCUUGUGCAAACAUUCUACCAGAAGAAUCUAACUUGACAAUAAACCAUGCUUCAACUUCUGUGAAUGCAAAUACAGAUACAACCGACUCAUCUCGACUGGUGCUAAAGAAAAAACCUUUUCUACCAUUGGCAACAUCUAGUCUUUUUUCUCCAUCAUCUCCCAGGCGCAAUCUGCUUCGCGCAGCAUCCACAGAUCUGUCCUUUUUUUCUCCAUCACAAACAGAAUCUAAGCAGAACUCCGUUACUUCUACAAGUGGAAGGGAUGAUUCAGAUACAUCUUCUGUGCUUCCACCAUCUCAACUCUACACAGCCCUGGGAUCAUCAUCCAAAAUGUCUCUAGUACAUCCUACUCUGCGACCAAUAAGAACGGUCUCAUCUCUACCAUCAUUCUCAUCUCUACCAUCAUUAUCAUUUGACGCAUACUUAGAGAUGUCAAUGUCUUCUUCAAGAUCACCCAAACACCAAGAGCAUGUUAGACCUCCCUCAAUACCACCACAUCAAUAUCUUCACCCACCAAUGACAGAGGAAAAGGAUGUACAUUCAGGUAGUCUAACUUUGCUUGCUUCCAACCAAUAUGCCCCUCAACCCCCACACCCACCUCCACAUGAUUCUUGCACCCAAAGUUAUUCAAGCACCCUAAUAUCCGAACAUGAACAAAUAAGAGCUGAUGGAUCUUGUUCCUUCAGUCCAGGUUGUAGACAAACUGUUCUCAACUUAGGUGAUUCCUCACUAACUUCGCACUCUAAAAGUAGUAUAGCUGCAACAGAAUGUCCCUUAGGAGCCUCUGAUUUUGUAGACGAGGAAGUACCAAGUAGACCUAAUAUAGUAACUGCCAUGGAUAUCCCAGUUACCAAUGAAGAUACAAAUUCUUUGUUGCACAUGACUUGUUCUCCACCUCCCAAAACAUCACAACAUGGUGAAGAACCACCACCGCCACCACCUUUGCCUCCAGUACCACCACCAUCACAAUUACCACUGCCAACUAUAUGUUGUGAUAGUGGAUCAGUUCCACUGGUAUACUCAAAUCCAUCUUCAGAUUGUCCAUAUAAAGAACCAGCAAUGCUACAAGAACACAAAUAUGCUGUUCCACCUACUUCUCUCGAAGGACAUGAAGCAAGUGAAGUUCGAUUGCUGCAAUCUGAUAUUACUGUUGAAUUAUCUUCAUCAGAACAUUCUGGAUAUACAGUUCAGCAUGUUUUUGGAAGCACCGAAGAUACAAUUUCAAAUAUCUCAUCCUCUAUACCUGCAGCACCUCCAUAUCCAACGUUUCAUAUUGUAACAGAUAAUUCCUCAGGUUCAAUAUCUGCAGAGCAAGUAAAUUGUGAGCAGCCUUUAGAUCAAACAACAUUAUCCAUUCAUUUGAGGCCAUUCAAGGUGGAGAUAUCACAAAGUGAAACAAUCAACGGAGUCUUGGCCUCUAUAACUGAUGAAGAAGAACAUGGAGGCAUUCCAGUUCCACCGUCGCCACAAAAGUUGCCUCAGCCUAGAGAACAUAUGAAACCUCCAUCUCCACCUCCUCCUCCACCACGACCACCACCUUGUCAUGCAACACCUGUACCUUCUUUAUGUUUAUCUUCAAAUCCACCUUCUCCAAGAGAACGUUAUGAGAAUCCACCUUCUGCUUCCUCUCCACCUUUUCCAAGAGAAUCAUUCGUUGCUCUACCUCCAGCUCCACUCCCUAACCAUCCAUCUCUUUGUGGAGAACAUAUUAAUCCAUCUCCACCUCCACCUCCUCCAGAAGUACUUUGUCCGCCUCCUAGAACGAGUGAAGUUUUGUCUCAACCUGAGGGUGGACAAUCGAUACUGCAAGCUUCUCUUGUUGAAGUUACUAAAGAAAUCCCACCUCCUCUCCUUCCCCCUGAAGAACAAAGGCGAUCUCCAUUGUCUACUCUUUGUGGAGGAAUUGUGAAUAUUCCAUCACCUCCACCUCCUCCACCAAUUGGAUUUCACAGUGGAAAUUUGUCAUUCCUCCAACCUACCAGAGAAUCUGAAAGUCCUUCACACCUGCCACCGCCAUCGCCACCACUAUCUUCCAAUGGACACAUAGGAGAUCCUCCUCCUCCUCCACCACCACCACCACCACCUAUGAGUGUAUUUGUAGAGGCUCCGAUCCUGUUGCCACCUGAAACAGUAUGUGGAGGGGCUCCACCACCUCCUGGAGGACAUGUAGGGCCUCCACCACCACCGCCACCUCCAGGGGAAUGUGCAUGGGCUCUGCCACCUCCCAAAGCAUGUGUAGGGGCUCCCCCUCCACCGCCGCCUCCUGGAGGAUAUGCAGAAGCUCUAAUGCCGCCACCACCACCUCCCGGAGGACAUGUAGGGGCUCCACCACCACCGCCACCUCCCGGGGGAUAUGCAGGAGCUCCACCACCGCCACCACCUCCUGGAGGAUAUGCAGGAGCUCCACCACCGCCUCCACCUCCUGGAGGAUAUGCAGGAGCUCCACCACCACCACCACCACCUCCUGGAGGAGCUCCACCACCACCGCCUCCAUAUGGAGGAAUUGGAGGAGUUCCUCCUCCACCACCACCCUUUGGUGGGCUAGGGGGAACUCCACCGCCUCCACCUCCAGCAGGGUUCCGAGGUGGAGCUCCAGCACCACCUCCUCCUCCUGGAGGUCAUGGAGGUCCGCCACCACCUCCUCCUAGAGGACAUGGAGGAGUAGGUGGUCCCCCUCCCCCUCCUGGUGCACCUUCUCCACCAAUGCCUCCUGGAAUGCCUGGUGGCCCCCCUCCUCCUCCAGGUGGAAGAGGGAUGCCUACUCCACCUGGUGGAAGAGGACAUGGCCUUGCUCGCGCUUUAGGCCCAACAUUACAAAGUGCAGUACGAAGGUCAUCUCUAAAACCACUACAUUGGGUCAAAGUAACAAGGGCAAUGCAAGGAAGCUUGUGGGCAGAGCUACAAAAACAAGUGGAAGCUAAUAGCCGUGCUGAAUUCGAUGUCAAUGAACUGGAGUCUCUGUUUACCAUUGCUCCAAAGACAAAAGCUGGCUCAAAAUCAGAAGGCCGUGGAAAAUCUCUUGGAACAAAAUCUGAUAAAGUUCAACUGAUCGAUCUAAGACGGGCCAAUAACACAGAGAUCAUGUUGACAAAAAUCAAAAUGCCGCUCCCUGAUAUGAUGAGUGCUGCUCUAGCUUUGGAUGAUUCAGUUUUGGAUGCUGAUCAGAUUGAAAAUCUCAUAAAAUUUUGCCCAACAAAAGAGGAGAUGGAACUUCUAAAGAACUACAGUGGGGACAAGGAAGCUCUUGGAAAGUGUGAGCAUUUCUUUCUAGAGUUAAUGAAGGUGCCAAGGGUUGAAUCUAAGCUUAAGAUAUUCGCUUUCAAGAUUCAGUUUCAAUCUCAGAUUAGGGAUGUUAGAAAGAAUUUGCAGACUGUGUCAUCUGCUUGUGAGGAGCUCAGAAGCUCUGAGAAGUUGAAGGUUAUCAUGAAGAACAUUCUGUUAAUUGGGAAUACAUUAAAUCAAGGCACACCAAGGGGCCAGGCUGUUGGUUUUCGCUUGGACAGCCUCCUAAAACUUAUAGAGACCCGUGCCACUAGUGGUAGAAUGACAUUAAUGCACUUUCUAUGUAAGUCCCUUGCAGAGAAGUCACCGGAAGUAAUGGAUUUUCAUGAGGAUCUUGUCAACUUGGAAGCUUCUUCAAAGUUGCAACUAAAAGCAUUGGCGGAGGAGCAGCUGGCAGUUGUAAAGGGGCUGGAAAAAGUUGAACAGGAGCUAACUGCUUCAGAGAGUGAUGGGCCGGUUUCUGAUGUUUUCCGUAAGACUUUAAAGGAGUUCAUUGAUUGUUCCAGUGCUGAUGUACGCUCCCUAUCAGCAUUCUACUCUGAAGUAGGUAAAAGCGCAGAUGCACUUGCUCUUUAUUUUGGAGAAGACCCUGCAAAAUUUCCUUUUGAGCAAGUUGCUACAACUCUUCUGACCUUUGUGGGGUUGUUUCGGAAAGCUCAUGAUGAGAACCUCAAGCAAAUUGAGGCUGAGAAGAAGAAAGCCCAGAAAGAAGCUGAAAAAGAGGCAAACCCGGACAAAACUCCUGUAAAAUCAAAAAAUGGGAAUGCAGAUAAAUCACCAAGAUCACCUUCCUUCAAAUGACAUACAGCAAAAGUUCACAUGGUCAUCAGUUCUUCCUAAACGAAUGCCUGCCUUUGCUGGCCUGGGCACAAUUUCGCAAGCAUAAAUAGUAUACAAGAUCCAUAAAUUCCUUGUGGACAACUCAUGCUUACAAGACAAGAUGCUUAUGGUUCAACAUCCAUGCAUGUAUCUCAUGACACUGUACAAAGCUCACCCCAUACAAAAUUAGGUUCUUCUGUACAAAAUCCAUACUAGGAUCUUUCUUUUUUUUCCCCUUCUGUUUAUACUAGCAGCAGGAGUAGGUCAGUGUUUAUAAACUAGAAAUAGGAGUGUAUAGCCAUAGAAAAGAAUUAGUGAUCAGUAGAAGGUCAGAAGCAAUAGAAAAGGAUUAGUGCUACCACAGGCAGGUCGCUAAACAGGGUAAAGAUGAGUAUAUAGUCAUGUUCUUUGACAUCUUGACUAGAGCAAAGUGUUUGUGCAUGACGCCUGUCACAAGUGUCUCGAGAUCAACUAAAACUGGGUCAAAAUGUGAGCUUCAGUGUCAAGAAAAAAA